UUCAACCAAACAGCGUCAGGAUCAGCAGGUUCUCCAUCUUUCUUCCUUUCUCCUCCUGCUACCCCUGCUCGCUGCUGAAGGAGAACAUGAAUCCAUAACCCCCCCUCCUCCCCCUCUCCUCCUCCUCAGCAUUCACAGGAUGCUCGGUGUGUGAUGCGGCGGCUGCGCUGUGGUAGCCAGGAGUCCUUACUAAGCGCCGGCUGUGUUUCAUCUCUGGAGCUCAGGAUGGACCAAUCAGUGAUCAUUAAACCAGUUCACUCCUCCCUCCUGGGACAGGACUACUGCUUUGAGGUUACAACUACGACAGGAACAAAGUGUUUCUCGUGUCGAUCAGCAGCAGAAAGAGAUAAAUGGAUGGAGAACUUGAGGCGAGCAGUUCAUCCCAAUAAGGACAACAGCAGGAGGCUGGAGAAUGUGCUGACAGUGUGGGUGAUCGAGGCAAAAGACCUGCCAGCAAAGAAACGGUACUUCUGUGAGCUGUGUCUGGAUGACAGUCUUUACGCUCGGACGUCAUGUAAGCUGAAGACUGACAACAUCUUUUGGGGAGAGCGUUUUGACUUCAGCAGCCUGCCGUCCAUCAAUGCCAUCACUCUCCAUCUUUACAAAGACACCGACAGGAAGAGGAAGAAGGACAAGAGCAGCUAUGUGGGGCUGGUCAACAUACCUGUUGCAACAGUGACAGGCAGACAACUGGUGGAGAAGUGGUACACACUGAGCACACCAAGCACCAUCAGGAGCAAGUCAUCGGUACCAACUGUGCGUAUUAAAGCUCGGUAUCAGAGUAUCGUCAUUCUGCCGAUGGAGCAGUACAAGGAGUUUGCAGAGUAUAUCAGCUCCAACUACCUGCUGCUCUGUAACACUCUGGAGGCCUCCAUCAGCCUGCGAGCGAAAGAAGAGCUUGCUGCUGCACUCGUCCAUAUCCUGCACAGCACUGGAAAGGCCAAGGACUUCCUGACAGACCUGAUGAUGUCAGAGGUAGACCGUUGUCGUGACAAUGACCAGCUGAUCUUCAGAGAGAACACACUGGCAACAAAGAGCAUUGAGGAAUAUUUAAAGCUGAUUGGACAGAAGUACCUCCAAGAUGCUCUUGGCGAGUUCAUUAAAGCCCUCUAUGAAUCAGAUGAGAACUGUGAGGUUGACCCAUCUCGUUGUGCGACUUCUGACCUUGCCGAACAUCAAGCAAACUUAAGGAUGUGUUGUGAGCUAGCCUUCUGCAAGAUCCUCGACUCGUUCAGGGUCUUCCCCCGAGAACUGAAGGAGGUGUUUGCAUCCUGGCGACAGGAGUGUGGCAACAGAGGAAGACCGGACAUCAGUGAACGCCUCAUCAGCGCCUCUUUAUUUCUACGCUUCUUGUGUCCGGCUGUGAUGUCACCUUCAUUGUUUGACCUGAUGCAGGAAUACCCUGAUGAACGGUCAGCAAGAACUUUAACACUCAUUGCCAAAGUCAUCCAGACCCUCGCCAACUUCAGCAAGUUUGGGACUAAAGAGGAGUACAUGCUGUUCAUGAAUGACUUUGUUGAACGGCAGUGGAGCAGCAUGCAGCGCUUCCUACAGGAGAUCUCAAACCCUGAUGGCCUGAACCACACUGCAGGAUUCGAUGGAUAUAUCGAUCUCGGCCGAGAACUUUCCAGCCUGCACACUUUGCUGACAGAGCUUGACCAGUCAUGCCUGGCAAAGCUCGGUCCUCUUCCUCGAAUCCUCAGAGAAGUGUCGACGGCUCUGGCUAACCCCGGUGGUGUGGGUCAUCCUGGAGGAAUGUCAGUGUCAUCUCCAGAGCCGCAGCGUGUUGUGUCUCCACCUCCUAUGUCUCCACCACCUCUGUCCCCACCCCUCUCACCUCCUCUGGCAACCUGUAAUCCCUCCAUUGGCAUGCAGGGCGGCGUAGGACUGGAUGGAGGCAUGGUAGAUUUCACCAGACUUCCUUCUCCAACUCCAGAGAACAAAGAUUUGUUUUUUGUCACUAAAGGAUCAAGUCUGCAGCCAGCAUCAGGCCUUCAGGGCUCCCCAGCUCCAAGCUCAUCCUACUCUGAACCCAAUGAACAUGAUGCAGGAUUUGAAAUGACCAACGGAGGCCGGAGGGAGGGGCAAGACCUGACUAAUGAGAGCCGCAGCCUGUCCCUGGUUGACUUGCAGGACACUUCUCCGAGUGACGGCCUUGAUGACAGCCAGUGGCAACGCAGGACAGGGCUCCUUCCUCUCUCCUUCCAGAACCCUGUGUAUCACAUGACCACCACAUCGCCACGACCGCAGACAGAUGCCACGCCCUCUGAUGGCUCAGCUGGGUCGCAGGGGAAUGCAGAAGAAAGGAACACCAUGGCAACUAAACCAGCAUUUCUCACCCAGAUGUCUGUGGGGCUGGGAGGUGGAGAAAGGGGGGAAAGAGGGGAGAGAGGGGAGAGGAUGUCUGCGAUGUCGAGCAGCAGCAGUGGAGAGGAAUACUCCCGACGAGCUCUGUCCCUCACUGAGACAUUACCAGGUACUUCAGCUCCCCCUCGUCAGAACUCUUCAGGCCCUCAGAGACGCAUUGAUCAGCCUCCUCCUCCUUCCUCCGCUCCACCAGGGCCUCCUCGAGGUCGAACUCCUCCUAGCAUGCUUAGCGGUGCCGGAGGCACAGCAUACCCACCUCGACCUGCUUCAGGUAGCAUGAUGUCAUCAAGUCCUGAUUGGCCGAGCAGUGGCCAGUCCAGACUCAGACAGACGUCCUCAUCCUCUAAAGGAGACAGUCCUGAGAAACAACGAUCUGCUGCCAAGGCUCCCUCUCCCUGUGCGUUGGACCGUACAGCAGCCUGGCUGCUCAACAUGAACUCUGCAUCUUCCUACGGUGAGGCCGAUGAAGACCGCCAUGAUGAUGCCCUUAUAGAAAAAUACCAGCAGGAGAUUGCGUUGCUUCAGGAGAAGUUGCGAGUUGCUGCACUAAGGCAGGAUGAGUGUGAAGCCCGGCUGCUGGUCCAGGAUCAGCAGAAUCAACGUAUGCUGCAGGAGUACCAGGCUCGGCUCGAGGACACAGAGAGCAGACUGAGGAGGCUACAGGAUGAUAAAGACCUCCAGAUGAAUAGCAUCAUCAGCAGGUUGAUGGCCGUAGAGGAGGAGCUGAAGAAGGAUCACUCCGACAUGCAGGCUGUUGUCGACUCCAAGCAGAAGAUAAUAGAAGCACAGGAGAAAAGGAUUGCAAGUCUCGAUGCAGCAAACAGUCGUCUGAUGGCGGCGUUGACUCAACUGAAGGAGCGCUACGCUGUGACAUCACAGAGGAACGGCCUGUCUCCAAGCAACACGUCGUCUCUGCAGAUCACAGAAAAUGGGGAGUUCCGUAACUCUGGCAACUGUUGAGUCGACAUUGGCUGUGUUCUGAUUGGCUUUGACUGCAGGGAGGGGGAGGGGCUUAUCUGCAUGAUGUGUGAGAGGCAGCAGGAGGCGGGCCUAUCUCAUUGACCACAACCUUUUUUAAACCAACCAAUCAACACUGUAGUUGUAACCACAGACCUGUCAAUCAACCGUCACCUCUUACAGAGCUGGAUCUGACCUCGGACCUCUGACCUGACUCUGCCCUUGUUGCUAUGGUUCCCCUUAGUUUAUUUUUUUGUUUUGCAUGUUUCCUUUUUGAGCUGCUUACAGAUUCUGACAUCAUAUCCUGGUUUCUUUUGGAACUUCCUGAUGAGGGUCAGAUACUUCCAACAAUCAAACCGCACGUCUCUAAAACACCUGGACCAAUUUCACCUGUAUCUGGCACUGGUCUAACCAGCUCAACUCUAGCUACACAUGACUCUGGCCCACUGGCCUAAUCUGAACCUUGGUUUUUCUGUGAGGCUCUGUUAAAAUUAGAGUGACUCUGGUCAAUUAUGGAUCCGGUACAGUUUGACUAAAUGCUUCUGGUCUAUCAGGAAUAACUCUGGCUGUACAUGAUUCUGGUCUGACUCAGUUAUCUCUAGCUUCUUGUCUGGCUAGAUAAACUCUUGCUGUACAUGGCUCUUGUAAGGCUGGGUUAACUCAGAUUUAGGGUUGUUGCAAUGCCAGAACUUUAAACUAUAGGAUGCAAGUGAAAACAACAUCCAAAACUGUUUCAGCACCACAGAAACAAAUAUAGAAGUGCUAUCCAUUAAUGGCUAAUUGCAAGCAAACUCCUUUGCACUGUUUAAACUCUCAGUACCAAAAUGUUGCCAAUGUCUUUGUGCAGAUUAAACCAUGUUCUCUCUUCCUUUCAUGGCAGCUUUUAAUUCAAAUCAUGACUGAAGAUCUGUAGUUUUUUUUAAGCUUAGAUACUUUUCGAUCCUAUCAAUUACUAAAGUAAUGGAGACAGUAUCGUAUUAGAAUACAUAAUCCAAGAGUAUCAACAAUUUUGACAACCUUACUCUGACUGUAUAGGACUCUAGUUUUAUGGAUUGGAACUGGCUGUAAAGGGUUCUAGUCUGCCUGAGUUAGAUCUGACUUGUAUGGCCCUAGUCUUUCCUCUGGCUGCAAUCUAAGAACUCUUGGCAAUGAUUGCCUCUAGGACUGGACAUGAAUUUCUUCUUCAUUCUGAUGAAGUAGGAGAUUAAGGUGAAAGGACUUCCUGGCAGGACUUUCUUUUUCAUGUGGUAUUUACGUCUGCAUCAUAAACGCCAUUAAUUCUUUGUCCACAACAUCCCAAAGAGGCACUAGUUCAUCUGUUAAGGCCAAUUGCAUUGGUAGAAUGUAAGCUGCACUGCAGUUUCACUCUGGCUCACUUCAGCUGUAUGAGCCCAAAAAAGGAACCAAUUUCAAUGGGAUUUACUGGCAAUUUGUAAAAUUAUCAUAAUGCAGAAUUACAAAAGUCAAAAGUCAAGCUUUGUUAGGCCUAGUCAGAAAAUCUGAUUGGCUUUCUCCUUUGCAUCAAGCAGAUUAGUGGCUCAAGUUUAAAUUCUUGAUCUACAAUGGAUAGUUAGCCUCAAUAAUGCAGAUGUCUGUUUACACUGACAAAUAAAUCAUUAUAGGAAUGCUGUUGGUGAGAGCUGGUAUUGCAUUUGCACCGCUAACGUUCUGCUUGUUUAUAGUUGUCCACACAGAUUGUCAUAUCUGUAUACACCAAAGCCUGCUGAUAUGUGAUUAAUCAACAGCUUGGACUACAAAUGUGCGACGAACAGAAACCAGAACACUUCACGUGCUGAAAAUCCCGACUCCUGUGUACAGAUUCUGCAUUUCUACGUGGAAUCUGUAAAUAGAGAUUACUCUGGCUGUAUCUGUGUCUGUGUAGAUGAAAAAGUCAGACUUUAAUCAGACAAAUAUAUCAACCAUUUGUUUUUUGGAGUGCAGACCUUCCUGAAGAAUAUAUUCAGGCUGUUGGUGUUAAGAUUGAGACUUAUAAGUAGUCUCUGUCUGAUCCACUUCAUCUCUGUUUAUAUAGUACACAGAGAGGGUUAGCCUAGCUAAGCACAAGGACUUGAAACAAGGGUGAUCAGCUCCAUCAAGGGAGAACCUGCUCUACUGGGUUGUGAUGAGCGUUUGGCCAUCUGGGCUUCCGUAGCUUUGAAUAUUUAGUUGAUCUGGUUCAGAGGUUUAUGUGAGAGCGUUAGACGUUAGUUUGUGUUGUUUCAGAGAAUUCUACUGAUUUUAAUGUAAACAUCAGAUUUUAUUGUAAAACAGUAAAAACUUAAAAUUGUGAUGAAUAGUUUGUGAACACGCACACACACCCACACACACAUACAUUGUUCUGUACAGGUUAGACUCUACUGGACUCUUACAAACUCUCCUGGACUUUCCCAAACUCUACUGUCUCUCUGCUGUGUUCACUGUGGCUUCUGUCUCUGUUCUUCUGUAUUUAUGAAACUCUAUUAGAGUUCCUGUUAUUGUUAUUUAUCAACAUCAGUAUUUAUAAAGAGAUGC